AUGCGCAGCCGCCCGGGCGCCGGUUGUGCUGAGGGGAGACGGAUGGACGGGGGAGCGGUGGCCGCGAUGGUUGGCGUGGGGCGUGCGGCCGUGGCGGCGUUGCUGUCCUGCCUGCUGGUCGCGCUGCCCCUCCACUGCGCAGGCCAAACUAAUCUGAAGAGUCCGCAGGAUAUUCAGGUCUAUGUUGUAAAUACAAAUUUCACUCUAAGGUGGAACUACACUGGGAAUGAUACCAAUGUGACAUUUUCAGCAGAAUACCGGUGGUUUGAAGAUUUUGAGACAAAUGAAACAGAAUGGAAGGAGUUGCCUGGGUGUCAAAAAGUUAUUUGCACAGAAUGUGACUUUUCCUCAGCAAUAACUGAAUACUAUGAUACACAUCAAGUGCGUUUAAGGGCUGAAGGAAGGGAAGAAGUGUCUCCAUGGUCUAGCAUUUUUGAAAUGAUUCCGUAUUUCAUAGCUCAGAUCGGUCCCCCAGGAAUAGAGUUGCAGUCCACAAAUGGAGUCAUAAAAAUUAAGGUUUCUCCUCCAGAAGCAAAUCAGGUCCGAAAAAUGUGGAUAGCUCAUCUACGUUUUAAAUAUAAUCUAGUUAUCUGGGAAAAUUCUUCAAAUGCAGAGUUUAGAAGUAAAAGUAUUUUUCCUACUGACAUAAUUGAUGAUCUUGCACCAGACACUACCUAUUGUUUGAAAGUUCAAGCAACUCUUCCUUUGGACUUGCAAGAAGGCUUAUUCAGUCCCAUUCAUUGUGUAAAAACUACCCGUAAAGUGAAUGACCUACUCUGUGCAAAAAAUGUGAGCGUUCUUGCUUUGAAUAUGAAAUUUCAUCUGCAUUGGAAUAAUCAGUAUAAACAAUAUGUGAGCUACAAUGUACAGUAUCUCAUUGGGUAUCUAAAGAAACUUCAUGAUGAUUACUCAGUGAAAUGGCUCAAUGUACCCGGAUGUGAGAACAUCACUGAUACUCAAUGCAAUUUCUCAUCCAUCAUCACUACUACUUCUGGAUUCUAUUAUCUCCGUGUGCAGGCCAUGAGUGAAUAUAAUAAAUCAUGUUUUUCUAAUGAAGUAAAAGUAGAUCCUCUGAUAACAAAUGAAAUUGGCCCUCCUGGUGUAAAGGUGGACAUCAGUGAUGUUUUGCUCCAUAUCCAGAUUUCUCCUCCAGGAGGAUCUGAGAAUGAAGUCAUGAGGGACCAUUAUGACUUGUCUUACCGGAUUCUGUAUUGGAAGAAUUCGUCGAAUAAUGAGGAGGAAAUCAAAAUGAAAGAGAUAAAACAGACAAUAGGGACAGUCUCUGAUCUAACACCCUCGACUUUGUACUGUGUAAAAGUACAAGCAUUCUCAGAAGUUUACAACAAAAGCAGUCAUUACAGCAAAGAGGAAUGCAUCAAAACACCUGGAGAUAAAAUUUUACCUCUGAUCAUUUUAGCAACAUUUGUAACGGCUCUGAUUGCUGUCUGUCUUGUGGCUACACUGCUUGUUUUUGCCCUGUAUCAAGUCUACAGUAAAAUCAAAUACGUGUUCUUUCCGUCAUGCCAGCCUCCUUUCAACAUAGAGGGUUUUGGAGGACAGCUGUCUAGCAGUCCUUAUCUGUCAACUACAGAAGAACCAAUAGAAAAUUGUUCUAUAAUUGAGACUCUCAUCACAGAAGUAAUAUAUCAAACUGAUUUUAAAGACUACAAACAUUCUAAACAGAGCAGUCGAGAUUCAGGAAAUUAUUCUAAUGAUGAUACUUCAGGGAGCAAAGUGUCAGAAGAAAUGCUAGAAAAGGAAAUAGUAUAACGUUUAAGAAAUUAAAAUUCAUAUAUGGGACUGGCAGUGUAAUAAACACUUAAAACUUUUCUGUUAUGAAAGUUGCAGCCUAAGGAACACAGCGUGACUUUGGGAUCUUUGUCUUCAGGUUUCCAAAUCUGCGCUUUGUUAGUGGAAAGUUACAUACCCUCCGUGCUGCAAGCUGACUGAAGUUAAAACACAAUUGACUCCUCGUACCUUACACCAUUUUAACUGACUUUUCAUCAUAUGAUAAAAAGAAUACCAUCUGUGUAAAGAGGAGCAGAUCUGUACGCUUUAUCUACUUGAACCUGAUAACCUCAGUGAAAGCCUACUCUGUUCCACAAGAAGAGUUUCUUGCCAUCGUAGAGGUUUGUUUUGAAUGCCAGUGUGUAUUUUGACAGAAGCCUUAAAUUCUAGUACUGAAUCUUAACGAUGUUUACACAGGCAGAAGGAAACUGAUGACGGAUACAAUUUUAAUAACUUUUCUGACAUUCUCUUCCAGCCCCCUUAGAGGCAGUGUUUUUUGGCUCAGCUGUUCCAGAGCAAAAGAUGCAAAGAGACCAAUAGUAGCCUCAGUGAGGUGGCUCCUCUGAGCCUCCUUGUAGAAUUCCUUGUGGCCAUGGCUGUGGGAUGCUCCCAGUGCCCACUUGCGUGUUCCUGUAUCUGUGUCCCUGCAUCAGGGCGCUCUUCUCGCACAGCACUCAGUAAUCUGGGCAAGUAUGGGGAGGGGCAAAGGCUCGAAAGAGGUUCACUUCACUUCACUAUAAAGAAAAAUUUCACAGCAGAAGCUCUUUGUAAAUAGAGGUUGGGUCAACUUGUUUUGCACUGCAUUUAGGAUAAAAACCAAUGACCAUCCAAGCCAGAUGUACACUGAAAGAAGAAACUAAAGAAUACUGUUACUUUAAAUGACAAGGCAUGUUAAGAGGCAUAUUCUUGAUUAAUUUUUUUUUCCCCAUGGCUACAUAAACAGAAGUGUAAAAUAUUUACUUCUAAUUCAAUUGUACUUAGAAAUGUGAAUCUCUCUUAACAAGGAGGAAACUUAUUUCUGUAAUUAGAAGGACCCAAGUUGAAUUUAGAAAAUGCCUAUUAACAGAAUGGUGAGGAUGCUUGUCAUUCAAAGCUUUUUCAGCUUAGUCUCAUUUUGCCAACAGACUUCUCUUUGUACAAAUUUUAAGGAUAUGCUGCAAUAAUGUUUCAAUUUGCAUACCACUUUCUUCUGAAGUAAUUUUUAAAAGUAGCUUAUUUUUUAUGAAGAAAUUGAUUUAGUGUAAACUGGUUUUGAGCUUCAUGUGGGUUGUUGUUUAUUGUAACAAGCAACUGUUGGUGUUUAUAUAUAAUCUUUUUUUUUAUUUUGAAGAUGUGAUCUAAUUUUAUAAACUUUAUGUCCCUGUGUUCAUUGAAGAACAUAAUAAAUUUUGCACAUUUACUUCUUUA